UCUGGAGACAGAGUGUGGGAGAAGACGAAGAGUAGAGGGGGAGGAGAUUGGCAUCUGUGAGGAAAGCCCGAUUGCAGCAGAAGAGAGAGGGCUGCUGAGGGUUACAGAACCAGCCACUUGGCCCCAGGAACUGAGAUUUGCAGUCUAAGGACCCCUGGGUGUGGCCUCAGUGGAAGCUCCCAACAGCAGCCAUCAUGGUUCUCCUGCUCAUGUCUGUGACUGUGCUGCAUCUGCUCACUCUGGCCAUGCUGUUCAUCGCUACCAUGGAGAAGUCCUGGUGGGUCUGGACCGAUGCUGAGAUCACAGACCUCUGGUAUAACUGCAUUCACGACAACGUGACGGGAAACUGGCUGUGUGCUGCCUCUAACGAAAAUGACUGGUUGCAGGCUGUCCAAGCCCUGAUGGUCUUCUCUGUGGGCUUCUCCUCUAUCUCCUUCCUGGUCUUCCUGGGUCAGCUCUUCACCAUGUCUAAAGUCGGGCUCUUCUAUUUCCCAGGCCUUUGUCAGGUCUUCGCAGGUUUCACAUCAUUUGCUGCCUCGCUCAUCUUCACGUUCCACCGUAAGGAGAUCCUGGAGGACUCUAGAGACCUGAGCAUGGGUCACUUUGGCUACUGCUUCAUCCUGGCAUGGUCCUGUGUACCCCUCCUGCUCUUCAGUGGAGUUCUGUAUGUCCACCUGCGCAAGAGGCAGUGAGCCAAGACAGAUGUGAGGGCAAUAAGCAGCAGCAUUCAGUAUUACUUGGUACUGUUAUCCUGUUAUCACUCGACUGUAGUGAACAUCAACAGAGACGCAAUGUGCGAUGAAAGAGAGGUCUUUAUUUUCUUUGUAAUAGAUUUCCAAUGGGAUUUACAUACACUACAUGACCAAAAGUAUGUGGACACCUGCUCAUCGAACAUCUCAUUACAAAAUCAUGGGCAUUAAUAUGGAGUUGGUCCCCCCUUUACUGCUAUAACAGCCUCCACUCUUCUGGGAAGGCUUCCCACUAGAUGUUGGAACAUUGC